CAAAUAUCUCCUCCCGGCAGAGAUAAACCAGGUCGGAAGAGUUCGUCAGUCGUGUCCCCCGCCGCCAUGCAGCUGCAGACGCUGGCGUACGCCAUCUCGGGCGCCUUCACGCUGCUGGCCAUUAUCCUGUCCGGGUGGCUCAUCUGGACGCACUUACUGUAUAACCCAUCGGCGGGCAUUCGCAAGCACGUGAUCCGCAUCCUCAUGAUGGUCCCAAUUUACGCGUUAACGUCCUACAUGGCGCUGGUAUUCAACGAGUCCAAGCUGCUGUUCGAGACUGUGCGUGAUCUGUACGAAGCCUUCGCGCUCUAUUCGUUCCACUGCUUCCUGGUCGAGUAUCUGGGCGGCCAGUCCGUUCUAGCCAGCACUAUGCGCUCCAAGCCGCAGAUGACACACGUUUUCCCCUUCUGCUGUGUUCAGCCCUGGUCCAUGGGCGGCAAGUUCCUGCGUCAGACCACCAUCGGUAUUUUGCAGUAUAUUCCGAUUAAACUGCUCAUGAGCAUCGUCAUGCUCAUCACGAGCUUGGCAGGUGUGUAUGGAGAGGGUGAGCUCAUGAACCCUUUGGUGAGCUACGGCUACGUAUGCUUCAUCCUCAGUGCGUCACAGACGUGGGCGCUUUACUGUCUACUGAUCUUCUUCCACGGAGCCCACGAGGAGCUGCAGCCCAUGCGGCCGUGGCCCAAGUUCCUGGCCAUUAAGGCAAUUAUUUUCUUUACGUACUGGCAGUCGAUCAUGAUUAGUGGACUUGUGAGUGUCGGCGUCAUCUCGGAGAAGUGGCAUAUCGGCUGUCCGGACUGCUGGGACGCGCAGAAAAUUGCUUCAGCGCUGAAUGACUUUGUUAUUUGCGUCGAGAUGCUGGGGUUUGCCAUUGCUCACCAUUACGCCUUCGCAAUUGAAGACUUUUUGUCGCCGUCGGGUACGGCAGGUGUUAGUGUGCCGUCUUCGAACGUCAAGGCACCGCUACUGGCCAAUUUCAUGGACGCCAUCAACGUUACGGACGUGUCGACGGACCUUAAGAACUCCCGUAAUGAGAUUCUCACCAAGAAACAGGCACUGGCUGCCAAGUUUGAGCGCCUCAACUCGUCCUCACCUGGCGGCGGCAUGUUUUGAAGCGCUCUCCUGCCGUGCCAAUUAAUGAAAGGAUAGCGUCAAAUAAGGGAGCGAUACAGUAAGCAACACGCCUAAUUAUUACAUUUGGAUUUGUACGUUACGGUGGCUUUGGACUCUAAAGCUUAGAGAAACUACAACACGGUUGAGUUAGAGUGGAAUUAGAGUAGACAAAGAGAAUGAACAAGAACGUUUAUGGUAUGCGGCACAAGACGAUCGAUGACACCGACCAAAAAGACAUUUUCUUUGCGGGGCGGGUCGAGGCCCCGUCUUCUAACACCGAGAGAUUUACAAUCCUGUUUCCUGUUGCUGCGACUUCCCCUACUAAGUACUUUAACUACUACGACUUCGUCAGUUCAGCUACAACCACUUUCUUCAUUAUGUUCCGCGUUUGAAAAAGCGCAGCACAACAGGCCGCUUGACGGCGCGCAAAGUCGCCAUUGACGAGUGGAACGUCGAGCCACUGAUCUCCAUGGGUCCAAUCCAAGUGAGCACGUCUCCUACCGACACCUUGUGCAGCAUGGGGCCGCCCGAAUCCAUAUCCACUUUUGUCACCUUUGGUACAUCGUUGUCCGAGCUAAAUACCAGCCCAAGGUUGGCAUUUUCCCUCCAGAUGAGUUCGUACUCGCGGUCCUUUAGCGCUGGUCCACGAGGCAGCGUCUGAUCAGACUCAUCGCUUCGCAUUGAAGCAUACGCCGCG